CCCUUCGGAGCGCUGGUGACGUUGGCCAGGGAUCUGCAGGCAGGUGCUCUUGCCUCGCGCCACUACCGCCGCUGCUGCAUUAGCUAGGAGACCAGAAGCGCGUUCACGGGAUGGCUUCUGCAACAGACCCUCGCUAUGGCCAGAAGGAAUCCUCAGACCAGAACUUCGACUACAUGUUCAAGAUCCUGAUCAUUGGCAAUAGCAGUGUUGGGAAGACUUCCUUCCUCUUCCGGUACGCCGAUGACUCCUUCACUCCGGCUUUUGUCAGCACCGUUGGCAUAGACUUCAAAGUGAAAACCAUCUAUCGCAAUGACAAGCGCAUUAAACUGCAGAUCUGGGAUACAGCAGGGCAGGAACGAUACCGGACUAUCACCACUGCCUAUUAUCGAGGGGCAAUGGGUUUUAUUUUGAUGUAUGACAUCACCAAUGAAGAGUCCUUCAAUGCUGUCCAAGAUUGGUCAACUCAGAUCAAAACCUACUCAUGGGAUAAUGCCCAGGUACUGUUGGUGGGUAACAAGUGUGACAUGGAAGAUGAGAGGGUUGUGUCAUCAGAACGAGGACGUCAGCUUGCUGAGCACUUGGGAUUUGAGUUCUUCGAGGCCAGCGCGAAGGACAACAUUAACGUGAAGCAAACCUUUGAACGUUUGGUCGACAUCAUUUGCGAAAAGAUGUCCGAGUCACUGGACGCAGCUGAUCCAGCUGUGACCGGUGCCAAGCAGGGCCCGCAACUGACCGAUCAACAAACUCCCCCCCACCAGGAUUGUGCCUGUUAAGAGACUUUGGUGUGGAUGCCCUGACUUUUCCUGUCCCACCCACCUUGCUUGCCUCAUGUCUUGCAGUAACCAGAGCCCCUAGAUUCUUGACAGUUUGUGCUAUCUGUCUUCCCUACCGCCACCAACACACCCACACCAUUUAGCUAUCCCAUUGCUUAUCCUUUCGGGGUAGGUGGUCGAGACUCAAACCCAGAGCUUCUCCACCUCUCUGUGUGGGCCUUUGAAUGCUUCAAAAGUUACUCCCUUUAAUCUUUGGGUGGAUAGAGGCUCUAUCUUCCUGUAUGCCCCCCACUUUUCCCCCACCGGGGUUCAAGUCGAUGAGCGUGAAAAAAGAGUUGGGGGCAGUGCUGGAACUUUUAACUGUUCUUAGUGGGGUUUUAUUUAUUUAUAUAUUUAUAAUGUUCCCAUCGACACCGUUGAACAUCCUUUCCCUCUUCCUGCUUCGUAAGCGCCACAAUCCCACUGCAUUUUCCUGCAUUUUCGGUGUGGACAAAAAUAGAUGACGACCUGAGAUUCAAGGGAAUCUGGCUGUAUCUUCACAGGAAGGAAAAUGUAUCUGUCAGAAGCAUCUGCCUCUUUUCCUCCUGACCACUGAUCAUGGGCUGUAGAGAGAAAAAAUAAUAUUGUUCAGGCAAACUGAGCUAUCUGGGAACUAUCCCAUUACCAGCUCUGAAUUGGGCUAGGUUUUUGUAAUGCUGCGAAGUGAGAUUAAUUAACCUCAACGCUCCCUCUUGUUUAGCUCCAGUCCGUGCCUGCUUCUUGCAUGCUGUUUAUCCUCUACCAUGAAUGAAAAUAAUAGGUUUUAAGGUGAAUACCUUUCUUCACAGAACGGCAGGAAUUUCCAACUUAAAACUGUACUUCUUGUCACGCUGGAUUCUAAGGCAUUAC